AUGAACGCAUUCCUCCCACUGAUCCUAUUCACAGCCCUAUCUGCAGCACAGUGGACUCUUCCUCCCGGAAUUUCCACCCUUCAGCUGCGAUACCCCUCGACCCCCUGGAUCUCCCCAGGCGACACCCUCAAACAACCAGGCGAAAGUGGAACACGAACAGAUGCACUCCCCGUACCAUGUAUCAGCACUCUGAACCUGAACACCACUCGCACCUACCUCCUCCUCUUCGUCGACAUCGACGUGGUCUUGGAAUCAUGCUUGACCACAGUCUUACAUUGGUACCAGCCGCACAUGACGGUAUCUGCUACCAGUCAGUGCAAUGAUAAUGGAAACGAAUGGCUAGUCAACAGAACUUCCACCGGAGCAGAAUAUAUCGCCCCCCAAUCGCCACCGUACACACGCCAUCGAUAUGUCUAUCUUCUCUACGAGCAGGACCCCGACUAUGUGUUUCCAGAAUGUUUCGGCCACAUUUUCCCCAAGACAAGAGAGGGAAGAGGCGGGUUUGAUGUCAAACAGUUUGUCGAAGUUGCUGGAUUGAAAGCGCCAGUGGCAGGGAAUUUCUUCUACGUCGACAAUGACGCGGCACCGACGACGACGACAUCAGGAGGGUUGGUGCCCACCACAACGUGGUUCAGAUCGGCCCCAUGCAGAACUGAGGAACCGAAGAGCACGGGGUUCAUCUUCAUGGAGGUGGAUCGACAGCAGAUGGUCAUAUAA